GAGAAGAGUGACGUGGGGGCUCGUGGGUUUUAUUUAACGGGCUGCCCCAGGCCUGCUCUCGAUGCCCUAGAACAGAUCAGCAAGAGCCCCAGAGUCAUCACCGAGUGACUGGAGAGAGAGGACCAGAACUUGCAGCCAAAAUUUGACCAAAGGAGACCAACCCCUCUCCGAGGGGCCAGGGAGGAAGCUUGGGGAGGAGGCCGUCGGAAGCCUCACUGCCCAGCAGUCCUCACCAUGUACAGGAGCAGCUACCUGCAUGAGACCCGCGAGGAGAAGUAUGAGCGCUCGGACGUCUUCGAUGAGCCGCAGCCCCUGGCCGAGGUGAGCGGCCUGACCCAGGCUCAGGGCCUGGAGAACCUGCAGGAACUCAACGAGCGGUUCACCAACUACAUAAACUGGGCGCGGGGGCUAGAGCAGCGCAACGCCAUCUUCCGCAAGCAGCUGGAGACCUUCCGGCGCCUGGAUGAGCUGGCAGGGCUGGAAGAGGCCUUUGCUGAGCAGAUAGAGUUGAAUCACCAACGGGUGAGAGAGCUGGCCCAUGAACGCACCAAGCUGGAGCGCGAGAGCAAGGAUGCCCAGUGCUCACUGGAUGAGUUCCGCAACAAGUAUCAAAAUGAAUGUGACUAUCAGCUUUUAUUAAAAGAAACCCUUGAACGCCUUAAUAAGGAAGCAGAUGGGGCCUUGCUACAAAACCUGGAACUUCAGAUCGAAUCUCAGUUUCUGCAGGAUAAUAUUCAUGCAACCAAGGACAGGUACAGGAAGAAUCUCUUGGAAAUUCAGACCUAUGUCAAUGUCUUACAGCAGAUCAUUCAGACCACCCCUUGUGUUUCCACCCUCUCCAUUGGGAUCAGUGAGGAGAAGCUGAUUGCUGAAAGGAGAAUUCCUAUCCUGCAGAGUCACCUAGAGGAGUACAAAAGUAUCCUGGCGCAGUUACAAACACAGAAAUCCAAGCUGCAGGCUGAGACUACAGUGCUGGAACAAGCUAUUAGAAACACCCAAGAGAACUAUGAUGAUGAAGUCCAGCUUUACAACGAGCAGAUCGAAACUCUGAGGAAAGGGAUCGAAGAUGCCGAAAGAACCUUGGAAAAGUGUUCCAGUGACUGCCGCCAACUGGCGUCGUACCGGCAAUCUCUAGAAAAUGAACUGGAACGCUACAGGCAUAUCAUUGAGAAUGAAGAUCACAGGUUGAAUUCAGCUAUAGUCGGGACACCUGUCACACUCUUCAUGCAGAGUUACAGAGCCUCAUCCAGUUCAGCUCCUAGCGGGAAAGAUAUCACUCAGGCUAUCCAGGACAUCACCACAGCAAAACCAAGACAAAAGAAAGUUUCAAGAAUGAGGGAGAUUACAGCGAAAGACAAAACCGAUAAAACUUCAGGGGACAAAGUAUUCCCCCUCAUCCUGGAAGGCCUGGAGGGGGACCAGCUGGGAAUUCAGAAGGAGAGCACUUCCAAGCCAGACCUGGAACUUGAAGAAUUAGGAAUUCCGGAACAAGAAGCUAAGCCCGAGGACAUUCCUGAUGGUGCUCAAAUAAGCAAAGCUUGUGAUAAACUGUGUAACAUGCUGAGAGAGAGAGUGAAAAGCCCUGAAAAAUCUGAACCCCAAGCAGAUCUCCACACCAAAGGACGUUUUGUCCUUGUUACGGGGGAUGCCAAUUACGCAGACCCCAGCUUUUGUGGCUCAUCCAUCCCUGCUAAAGGUGGGAUUGCGGUUUCCAUCGAUGGUGACCAAAUAGCCAGCGGCAAGGGAGUGGAGGCACAGCCUGGAGUGCCAGAACCCACGUGCUCAAAUGGGAGAGGAGAACCAGGUGGCAAAGAGGCUGCAGCUAAAGACCGGCAAGGUUUAGAAGAUAAAGAGAGUGGAAGAGAAAACAAACAUGGGAAAAAGACAGAAGAACAAACCGCGGGCCCUUCUAAAGUUAUGGGGAUGAGAAAACCCAAUUCCAGUCCCCCACCGGGGCCUUCUGGACAGGCCCCAGUUCCACAUCAAAAGGCAGGAGCCAGCAAGGAACGAGAUAAGAAGCACACAGACAAAAGAAGCAGCCAGUUGGACAAGAACUUGCCCGGAUCUGUGACCUAUGAGAAAGUGGAAGUGGUUGAGUCCAUUGAAAAAAUUUCAGCGGACCAAAUCCAGACUUACGAAGAAACCGCGCUAAUCGUGGAGACCACGAUUGAGAAGAUGAGUAAGAAGUAGUUGGGGGGCACAGGUUCUUCACCUGACACAGGCUUGCAGUAAGAAAGUCUUCCCGGUCUCUAGUACCCUCGGGUUUGGGAGCAAGUGGUGAAGUUUUGGUAUUUUAUUGUUUGGAUAAGCUGUAGUUGAUUCAGCAGAAACCUGAUAACCACUUCUGCCCCAGUGUUAAAAUAUUCUUCUAGCUUGAGCAUUUGACACUAGCCUCCUACCUGUAGAUGCUUCAGGAUUAGGACGGGUGAAAAGUAAGUAUUGUUAAAGCCAAAUGGCCCCAAAUACACUUCACAAUAUUAAUACUUAAAAUGCCAUUAAUUGUCCAAAUCCUAGUUAACAGCAGAUAUUAGUUUAAGUAUUUAGCUCAUUUUUAUUCAGUUAAGUCUUGUACCUUCAAGGAUAUAGCCACAAUUUUGGUGUAUGUUCCCUUCAAAAAGAAGUGAUAAUGCCAGCUCCUCCAUUAGUAUUGACCACAUACUCACAUACAAAUUUUGGUAUUUAAGUGCUUACUAUGUGCCAA